AUGGCGGCCACCCAGCUGAGUUCGGGGAGCGUCCUUGAUAGUAGCGACCCACAAGCACUUUUCGCCAGUAUAUACGAGAAGUUCAAAGAUGCACUACCACCAGGCAUCCAGAAAGACUUCGCCGGGUUCAAAAGUCCCUCUGAAAUGCUUCAGAAUUUCAAUCGCCUCGUGGAGGAUAGCAAAUCACGCUCAGGAAUGGCUGGGCGGUCCCUGAAGGUGACUGCUAAGCUUGCGGAAAAAUUAGGUCCAUAUUUUGAAGUCAUCAAUAUCUACGUGCAAAGCCAUCCUGAGUAUGCUGCCUUGCUAUUCAUGGAUCUCAUGAACACUACGUCUGCUGUUGCGGCUCUUGAGUUCUACGACCGAUGGAAAGUUCACAUGAUGCAUGUACAGCUGUCCCUGGAUCAAAUGCAAAACCAACAGCAGUCACAAGAGAAGGAGAAUGAUAAGAUUUUGAUGAGUAAGUGA